CAACAUUAGUGCCCACAUCAUUACGCCUUAUUAUUUUUGUUUCUCAAAAGAUUACAUGAUGAUGAGGAAUUCGAAAAAAUACAACAACAAAAUGGCUAUGGAGGAUCAAAGCAGCGUCCCUAGGAGACAAACAUUUGGUAGCAUGUUACAAUCCGAUCCAAAUCAUGAUCAAGAUGAAUAUAUUAAUUUUCGUACAAGCAAUACAUCUGAUCAAUCUGGCCUUGCAAAUUAUGAUCAUAAUCAUCGCGCAUCUAGAUUGAGCUCAGACUACAAUAUGAUGAUCUCACCUUCACCUUCAGAGGAAUGUUAUUCAUUAUCGAGUACUCCAUAUAUAGCGCCUUCUAUGGACCUAACAUCGUCUCCUUUAUCGAAAUCUCCAUGGUCCUCUCAUGUUGAAAGCUAUCUAUAUACGGGCCUUAUUGGCUCUCUUGUUCGUGAAGAAGGACAUAUAUAUUCAUUAGCGGCUUCUGGGGACUUGUUAUAUACCGGAUCAGAUAGCAAAAAUAUUAGGAUAUGGAAAAAUCAAAAAGAAUUUGCAGGAUUCAAAUCAAAUAGUGGAUUGGUGAAGGCAAUAAUCAUUAGUGGAGAAAGAAUCUUCACGGGUCAUCAAGAUGGAAAGGUACGAGUGUGGAAGGUUUCUCCUAACGAUCCAAACGUUUACAGGAGGAUUGGAACAUUACCAACUUUGAAGGCAUAUAUAAAAAGUUCAAUGAAUCCGAAUAAUUACGUUGAAGUGAGAAGAAAUAGAAACUCGGUGUGGAUAAGACAUUUUGAUGCUAUUUCAUCUCUUAGUAUGAGUGAAGAUCAAAAUCUGUUAUAUUCAGCAUCUUGGGAUAAAACCAUAAAGGUUUGGAGAUCAUCAGAUUUUAAGUGUUUAGAAUCAAUAAGUGCACAUGAAGAUGCAGUAAAUUCAGUAGUUGUUGGAUUUGAUGGGCUAAUCUUUUCAGGAUCAGCUGAUGGAACAGUAAAAGUUUGGAGAAGAGAAUUACAAGGUAAUAAAACGAAACACUUCUUUUCACAAACAUUGUUGAAUCAAGAAUGCGCGGUAACAUCCUUAGUUGUUGAUCCUAGUUCAAAUUUCCUCUAUUGUGGUUCAUCUGAUGGUUUUGUAAACUUUUGGGAGCGCGCCAAGUUUUUGUCACACGGAGGAGUUCUCAGAGGUCAUAAAUCUGCGGUUCUUUGCUUAGCUACCGCGGGGAAUUUAGUGUUUAGUGGAUCAGCAGACACGAAUAUUUGUGUGUGGAGAAGAGAAGGUUGUGAUCAUAUAUGUUUAUCAGUGUUGAAAGGACAUUCUGGUCCUGUUAAGUGUAUGGCUGUUGAAGAAGAUCAUGGACCAACUAUUAAUGGUGAUCGACAAUUUAUCGUGUAUAGUGGUAGCCUCGAUAAAUCAGUCAAGAUUUGGAGAGUAUCACCAUGUCCGCCUCAUAUGCAAGCACAACUUCAACACCAGUCCCAAUGGGGUACGAGUUAGCAGAUCCGAGUUUACAUUGUAGAAUAUGUGGAUUCAAAAAAUGAGUAAAAUCAUAUUAUUAUAUAUGAUAUGAUAUAUUUCCUCACUCUCAAUUUAAUGGUCACGCCCCAUGCAAGCACAACUUCAAGUUCAAGAUCAAUCCCAAUGGGGGUACAAGUUAGCAAAGCCGAGUUCACAAUGUAGAGUAAGUGGAUUCAAAAUGAGUUGUAUCAUAUAAUUACAUAUGAUAUAUUUCCUCAAUCUUAGUUUAUGUGACCUAUUUCAUAUAGAGAUGUGUGUUUACCAUAUUGAAAGGACUGAUAAGGAAAUAGUGUCACAUAAACUGAAAUGGUGGAAGUACUUAUUUUUUUAAUUAUAUGUAUUAUAUGUAGUUCGGCAACCAUGCCAGCUCAACAACAUCAACCAGCCCCCAAUAGGGGGUAUGCGUUAGCAAAGCUAGGCGAAUUUAGUAUAUAGAGUCAGUGAGUACAAAAUAAGUUAUGUAAUCUUAUUAUCUAUGUUUUUUAUUUUCAUAUGUAUAUAGUGCGGUUGAGAUGCAAGCACAUCAAAUUCAUAACAAGGAAGAAGCUAUGGUUAGUAGAGGCAAAUCUAGGAUGUAAAGUUAAUCUGUU